AUGCAACCUUUGUUAAGGAACAUUCUUACUUUGGUAGUAAUCAUAGUUUUCGUUAGUGAAGGCCAAAUCGAUGCAGUGAGAAGUCUCGAAGAACUUUACGGAACAUGCGACAACGACGAAGGUUGUCUACUAAGUCACAAAUGCGUAAACAAGAGAUGCCAGUGUAGGGAUGGCUUGGUCGGAGAUGCAUAUAGCUGCAAAAUUGCGGACCCGCCGUCAUGCAAAACGAGCAAAGACUGUCAUAAAAAGGCAGCUUGUGUGGAAGGAAAAUGCCGUUGUAUGGGUUAUUUUAUAGGAGACGGCAAACGUUGCUUAGCUACAAAAUCUGUGAAUUGUAUGACAAAAGAUUAUUGCGGAGAUAAAGGGACGUGUCUUUUUCAUCCUCUACGUCCUGAUUUUGCCGUCUGUAAAUGCUGGAUUGGAUACGUGUUUAACGACAAGCAAUUAUGUGUCGCGCCAAAUAUACCAUGUACAGACGACAAAGAUUGCUCUUCUAAGGCCAAGUGCGAGCAUGGACUAUGCGUUUGUCAAGGAAACCGAGUGGGAAACGGCCGCGAAUGCAGAGACGCCAAGGUAUGCAAAGGGAAAUGUAACACAAAGAAAACUAAAGGUAUUAAGUGUCUCGUUGAUCCAAUGAUGCCAGAAGAGAAAGUCUGCAAAUGCCCACCGAAUCAAGUUCACGCGGCUGGAAAUUCCCAAAGAUGUGUCCCCUGCAUGACUGACAAGCAAUGUAAAGGGAAUGAGCGCUGUGAGGAUUUUGAGUGCAAGAAACCUGAUUUACAUCCGUGUGAUUCGUCCGAGGACUGCGAUAGAAAUGCUGAAUGCCGCGAUAAAAAGUGUCACUGUAGAGAAAAGUACGCCGGGAAUGGACGUAAUUGCUCAGAGUCCUUACCGUGCCCAGUCGCACAUGAAUGCGAUGCCAACUCAACUUGUAUUAGAGAUCCCAACUAUCCUUAUAGUCCUUAUUGCAGAUGCAAAGCCCAUUAUGAGAAGUCUGAUGAUGGCGCCUGUAUAGAUAUAGACGAAUGCAAAACUCCAAACAAGUGCCCAGCUAAGCACAAAUGUGUAAACAUGCCUGGCUUCUAUGAAUGUCCUUGUAAAGAUGGAUACGAGAAGGGAGAUGGCGACGAGUGCGUGAAAAUGAAAUGUUCAUGCGGUGACAAUGGUAAGUGCGAUGACGACGGAAAGUGUACUUGUAAUGAAGGAUAUGAAAAAGAUGGAGAAGGAGUAUGUGAAGACAUUGACGAGUGUAAAAAAGGGGCAAAGUGCACUGGUGAUGGAGAGAAGUGUGUAAAUGAACCAGGGGGACACUCUUGCUUAUGCAGAGCGGGAUAUGUGAAUAAUCAUGGAGGAUGCGUCAAGGAACCUCAAUGCAAGUGUACAUCGCACGAAGAAUGCUUCAACGGAAAGUGCAGGUGCAAGAAAGGAUACAAGAGGAACUCAAAAGGGAUGUGUGCUCGAAAACGUGGCUUAGUUGGUUCAGGCUACUCUGUACACGUCACCAGUCACCUGGGCACCCUCGGCCUCGUUCUUAUGCUGCUUGGGCGCUUGGCCGUUACAGCAUGA